AUGGAGCGAGAUCAAGAUAAGCAAACGAUCCUCCGGCUUCUUCUUGAAGAUCUGGAGGACCUUGAGAACAGGCAGAAAGGAAAGCAGGCUGUAGGAAAGGAAACAGAUCUUGAUAUUGCCAUCGCGUGCUUGAGGGAGGAUAUUCGGACCACACAGGUUUCCAUCGCAGAUGAGGUGUUGGCAAUUAGUACCAGUACCGCAAUUGCCAAUGAUCAAAAGAUACUGGCAUUUUUCCAACAUCAAGAAAGAGUGGCUAAUCAGGACCGCCAACUCGCCCUCGCUUUACAGAAUGGAACCUCGACUUCUGAUCACAUUUCAAGCUCCUCGGUGACAACCGAGAUCAUGUCAGCCGACGACGAUGACGACGUUGUUUCCAUUGUCAUGGAGGAUCUCAUAGACCGGAUGGCUCUGAGCGAGAAAGCAUCUAAUAACGGAGAAGGUCCCUCGCGCCUACAUUUACCCCGAACCAGCAGCCUUAUGAGAGAGUGUGCAUCCUGCUUCACAAAGGUCACCAACAUUAUGUUCACGGGUGCGUGCGGCCACGAGUUUUGCUGCGGCUGCACAAGACAGAUGUUUCUCGGUGCCGUCAAAGAUGAGGAGUUGUACCCGCCUCGUUGUUGCGGAAAUAUCGUUCCACCUGGAGUUGCCUUGAGAAUUCUUAACUACGAAGAGCUUCGAAAUUUCGGUGAAAGAGCCAUCGAAUGGACUGCAAAGGAUCGUCUUUACUGCGCUGAGCCCACAUGCUCGAAGUUCAUUCCUCCAUUUGCUAUCCAACACGAGCACGGCACCUGCCCCGAAUGCCACCAGCAGACUCACGUACCAUGUCGCUCCCUUGCUCACCCUCGAAUGAAUUGUCCAAUGGAUGAACCCCUUCAUGCUGUAUUGGAGAUGGCGGAUGCUCAAAAUUGGAGGAGAUGCUUCCACUGCCGAACUAUGGUAGAACUCCACCACGGCUGCAAUCAUAUCACCUGUCGGUAA